AUUUGGUGCGAACAAACAACGAGAGCGGGUCGAUCGAUCUCUUCUCGAACACUCCUCCUAUCUAUUGUAAGACGCAAUUAGCAAGUGGACAAGCCCUUAUCAAUUCCAUUCCGGCUGAUUAGCCCGGAGAACUUCAUAAUCGCUGGCCAAGUUUCGCACUCCAGUGGCAGAAUGACUCGACUUGGAGCCAAAACAAAGUUCAAUUGCCAAGUUGUAGUGGGCGAGAUAGCUCGAUAUUGGUCAAUAUUAUUGUUUCGUUCGCCGGGUGUUAAAAACAAUUUAUGUGCCUAUUUUUGAACCUAUGCCAAGGGAGAAAUGCUUCUGUCAAUUACGAAACAAUUGUCCCCAGCCAGAGUCUGCCAUGAGCCGUCUCCUGGAGAAGCCCAACAUCGCCAUGUCCAUCAAGUCCACGGGUAGUCAGCUCUCGAGCACGGUGGCCACAGCCGCGUCGACGUCGCCCUCGGAAGCGGAGGAUGCGGACACAUCCCGCACUCAGCUGGCCCCAUCCGAAACAUCACCCGCCUCCACAGCCAGUCCCAGCGUCAAUGUCACACCCAUGCGUCACAAAAUCGACCAGGUGGUCAUCAGCCUGGUUUCUGGAGCGGCGGCGGGGGCGCUGGCCAAGACGGUCAUCGCCCCGCUGGACCGCACCAAAAUCAACUUCCAGAUCCGCAACGAUAUUCCCUUCUCGUUCCGCGCCUCGCUGCGCUACCUGCAGAACACCUAUGCCAACGAGGGCGUUCUGGCCCUGUGGCGGGGGAACUCGGCCACGAUGGCCAGGAUCGUCCCAUACGCAGCCAUACAGUUCACGGCCCACGAGCAGUGGCGCCGCAUCCUGCACGUGGACAAGGAUGGCUCCAACACCAAAGGUCGUCGGUUUUUGGCGGGUUCCCUGGCAGGAAUCACCUCCCAGUCGCUGACGUAUCCACUGGACCUGGCCCGCGCCCGAAUGGCAGUCACAGAUCGGUAUACAGGCUAUCGCACCCUGCGACAGGUCUUCACCAAGAUCUGGGUGGAGGAGGGUCCGCGGACAUUGUUCCGUGGCUACUGGGCGACGGUUCUCGGUGUGAUACCCUAUGCGGGCACAUCCUUUUUCACUUACGAGACGCUCAAGCGGGAGUACUAUGAAAUGGUUGGCAGCAGCAAACCAAAUACUUUAGUCUCGCUGUCAUUCGGGGCUGCGGCAGGUGCCGCCGGACAAACGGCUAGCUAUCCAUUGGACAUUGUGCGGCGAAGGAUGCAGACGAUGCGGGUGAACACGGCCAGCGGCGAUCGCUAUCCAACCAUCCUGGAGACGCUCGCAAAGAUCUACCGCGAGGAGGGCAUCAAGAACGGCUUCUACAAGGGUCUCAGCAUGAACUGGAUCAAGGGCCCCAUUGCCGUGGGCAUCAGCUUCUCCACCUACGACAUGAUCAAGGCGUGGCUCACGGACCUGAGCCACCUGAGGCGAGGGGGGAUUGAAAAGUAGCCCCUGCCACUGGUCACCCAUAAACACCACACCAAAAACGCACUGCUUUGUUCUUAAGUCUCGUGAUCGAUGGAUAAGUUGAGGAGAUAGGAGUGCAGCACCGACAUGCUCUAAUUGUUAGAUAUUUUUAGCUGUUAGUUGUGAGAGAGAGAAGCGACAAGGAGAAGGCACCCGAAAGCGCUUAACUUUGUUAUUAACCAUAAUUGAUUUAUUAUCGCCGUAAGCCGAAAGUAUAUCAGCCAAUAAACCGUCUGAAUAAUGACUCGCCUCUCGAGGACUGGUGUUGCUUGGACAAUAACUUAACCGUACACGCCGUUCGUUUACUCCUAGACUAAUGAUUUACUUUGAACAAUUUGUAUAUUGUGUAUUUCCACCUCGAUGUCAAUAAGCGGCUAGGUUAAAAAUUGCCAUGAAUUUAAGGGUGUUCACCAGCGAAAUCAUCUUAUGCAUAUACUAUGUAAUUCUUAUAUGUUAGUGUGUUUUUUUAUUAUUAAAAUUUACAAACUUGUUUAA